AUAGAUUAAUUAAAAUUGAUUUGUUUGAAUAAAUAAUUAUAUUUGUCUAAUAAUUCUUUAAUUAAAUGAAUUCGUUUCACUCGUUGUUUAUAAAUGUUUAGCACUUGUUCUUUGGGAUUUUUUGAGGUCAUGGAUAUCCUACUAUAUGUACUUGAUUCUACUGUUUACAUUUGAUAUCAUAAAUCAAUGUUACACCUUCUCCUAAAUUACGUCUCACAUACCUCUAACAUUUAUAUUUAUUAUCAAUUAUUUAUAUCGAGUGUUUUUCAUUAUAUUAUCCUCUGCAUUUUUCUGUGAGUUAAUUUUUGUUUGCAAACAAACGACUUGAGGAAGAGGAGUCCAUUAAUAUUACCAAGACCCCUAAUCAACCAAGGCAUUAAGAAUCAAUUGAGCAUUUACGCUCGUAAUGUCUCGUCUCCAAUCUAUCUGGAAGAAAGAUAAUGAGUUCAAAGGGUUGCAACACUCGCGCGUAUGCGCAGUUGUCCAUACAUUGAAAAAGUGACUAAAAAAUGUCUUGGGAAUUGCGUUGAUUACUGAGAAUGCUAACGAUUAAACGAGUCGCCUAAACCACUGAUAUAAUCUAGAUCUGUGAGGGAACGAAGACGUCAGUCGUGCGGCGACGACCGACCGUCAAACACGUGAAUCAUCAGCUGCGGGAACAACUAUGAAGGUCGCGGUGCUAGUUGCGGUGCUGAUCAUAGCACUCUGCAGUAUCCAUGUGAGUGAUGCAAAAUAUAGAGGUGGGGGAAGCCGUGGAGGUAGUCGCGGUGGAAGUUCUGGAAGCAGCAGAGGAGGAAGUCGGGGUGGAAGUUCUGGAAGCAGCAGAGGAGGAAGUCGGGGAGGUGGAUCUGGAAGUUCCAGACCAAGUCCACCAAUUUAUCAUCCACCUGUUCAUAUACCUUCGCCACCAGUCUACAAACCACCGACUCACUCCGCACCUCCAGUUCAUAAACCACCAGUUCCAGAUUACAAACCAUUCCCACCUGUUCCACCACCAAUUCAUCAUCCUCAAACGAAUAUACCUUCACCCCAUGGGAGUGGAUCAAAGCCCAGUGCACCUCUACCAGGAACCAUCAACUCAAAAGACAGCAGCAGUAUAUUCAUAAACAACGAACGACCAGGAAGUUCAUAUCCAGACUGGGCUAAUCCAGGGACGAAGCCGUCUGCACCAAAUGGCAGGCCGACAGGAAGUCACCCGCCAUUUCCCAACACGAAUUCAUAUCCACCCGUCCCCAAUCCCGGGACCAAGCCAUUUCCACCAAUUGGCAGUCCAACAGGAAGUCAUCCGCCAUUUCCCAACACGAAUUCUUACCCAUCCGUCCCGAAUUCGAAGCCUUACCCAGACUGGGCGAAUCCAGGAAUGAAGCCGGGGCAACCGAUUGGCACACCUGGUGCCGGAAAUCCCUCAUAUCCUAAUACGAAUCCUCACCGUCCUUAUCCGCCUGUAGUUACUCACGGUGGAAACACACAUGCACGGAAUUCAUCAUUCCCAAGUGUAUCAGCGCCUCAUCCACCGAAGCCAAGUCUUCCAUACCCAUCAUCCAACCCCCACAACAUGCCACAGCCCAACGCACCACACAUCGGAUUCAACCCAGGAGUUACUUCAGGGGUAGGCACACCUCACAUAAACCCACCGCAUAAUUCCGCACCUUUGGGGGCACCUCCACACCUGCAGCCUCACUCACCACCAUAUCCAGGGCAUUACGGAGGUUAUCCAGGUGGAUAUCACGUAGGUCAACCCGGAAUGGUCCACAAUCCUUAUCCGAUGCAGCCUCCACCAGGAAUGCCAAACUACGGGGCUUCGCAUAUUUACGGAGGUUCUGCAAUGUCCCAGCCUUAUGUGCCAAGCCAGACUAUCAUUUUUCCGAGUCAAAGCAGCGCUAGUCCAGGAAUUGGUCAGCUGGUGAAAGAGGCAUUAGUUUACUCCACUAUCAAUGCCGGUGUCAAUAGAUUGAUCAAUGGAGCACCGUAUCACCAUCAUUAUGUGGGCUCUAGUCCUCAAACUCAUCCGACGGGAGUUUCCACUGUCACUAAUAAUACAACCAUCAUUUAUAAUAAUUACGGUGAUCAAGGACAAGUACCUCCAGGAACAUCUCCUGGUGUACCGGGUGCUUAUGUACCAAACAAUCCUGGGAGUUAUCCGUCAGGAAGCCCUGGAGGAAGUUUUGGCUCUGGUAAUUCUGGAAGUUAUACUCCAAAUGGUGGGACUUACGGGACAAAUCACGUAGGAAGUAUUCCACCUCAAUCACCAGUGCCUGGAGCCGUAUCACCUCCGGUUACAGGUGGAAAUCCUCUCUAUCCCGGUGUUGUUGGAAAUCCAGUGAUUCCAGCAGCUGCUGGUAACACUAGCGUUCUUAAUUCUCAUAAUACUACAACUGGUAAUAAUCAGAAUGCAGCGGCUGCUCCUGAGGCACCACCAGUCCCUCAAUAUUACAUCUCUGAUGAUGAAUUAAUGAAACUCACUGAGACUCUCUUCUCCAAGGAGGAAGUGAACUUGAAGAAAUAUGUGAGUCUGUAUGUCCAGCGGAAAACUAGUGCGGUGAAUGUCACGGAUGAAGCACCAGGCCCGUUGAUGUAUACGUUACCAGAAUUAAACGACAUACCAACAGUUCGGAUGGUAAAGAACAUGUUCGAUAAGUACCAAAUGAAUUCAACAUUAAAAGAGAACUGUACAUCUGAGAUUCGAAAAGAAGAAAGCUUGCUACUGGAUACUUUCCUCAAUACUGACGUAAUGACGACUGCGAUGACUUGGCUGGCGAGUAAGUACUACAUCGAACCCGAUGAUUUCGAGAGAAAAGAAACACUUCGUCAGAUUUGGUUCAAUAAAAUCGACGGUGCGACGUCUGGAUUCGAGCGGAUCUUCUUGGCGGAAUUGUAUCCGGGCCCGAGUUUCAUUGGUGCCCAAAACUGGAUAUACUUUGCAGCCAAAGAAACAUCAAAUCAGAUCAAUUAUAUGGGAUACACCGAGGAACGGACUAUAGGCGAUAAGGCAUCGCUGUUGAAAAUUAAUUUUAAAAUGGGAGAUGCUGUGAAGCCCAAUGUUACUAUGCUGGUAGGAACCUCUCCGGAACUUGAAAUGGCCUUGUAUACUGUCUGCUUUUAUGCCAGGCCAAAUGACAUCUGCCCAGUGUCCCUGGGAGGGACUCAUUUUUAUCUUUACACUCAUAGCUUCCGGUAUUUCGGAAAGGAUCUAAUUGAUGUCGGUAUCGUCGCUUUCUAGAUAAUUUUAUAAUCUGUGAUUGUCAAGUACUGGAAUUGUCUAGAAUUUUUCAUAAUAUUAUUUUAUUUGUUCAUAAAAUAUUCAUAAUUCGUGGUUCUCCCUUUAUAAACUGCUUUACAGAGAAUAAUAAUUGGCCAAUUGUUGAUUAACAAUUUAGGAAUUUAGAUUAAAAAAUUAAAAAACUUUAAACCUCGUUACCGUCGUAUUCCAAUGCAGAUAGUUGUAAUUUAUAUUUCGUAUUGUAUAUUAUUAAUUAAUUGGAUUUACUAUUGCGGGCAGAAAUAAUGAUAUGAUGAUCAAGGACAAAGAUCUCCAGGAGUUUUAUCUUCAAGUUCUCGGGAUGCACUUCAAAUGCGAGAGUUCAGUGAAAGCAUGAUGAAUGUAUUCUAGCAUGAAUAUAUUAUCAUAAUCAAUAAUAAA